CCAGCCGCACGUGACGUAAUCAGAGCGCGACCGGCAUGAUGCGCCAGUGGCGGACCUUGGCGACCUUGUCGGUUGGAGCGGCCGUCGGCGCCUCGGCGAGCCGCCUAUGGAGUCUUAGGGGGGAGGAGGAAGAGGAGGAGGCCGCUCUGCUGGCCCGGGUGCCGCUGGUUCCGGUACCGAGCGUCCACGCCUCCUCCGAAUUGACGGCGAGCAGGCCUUCAGGGGGCGCUGUAAUGAAAUACGGCUUCCCGUCCCUAGCCAACGUUCGCACGAAAGAAUCGUAUGUGACCUCGUACGACCCGCGAACCAGGACGCCCGCGUGGGUCAUCGAGAGGCUCGCAGGCGACACGCUCGGCGGGACGGCCGACAGGAAGUGCUGCGACUUCAAGGAGGACGACAGCGUUCACGUCUUCCACCGCGCCACCAAUGACGACUACAAAGGCAGCGGUCUCGACAGAGGUCACAUGGCGGCGGCGGCCAAUCACAAGUGGAGCCAGAAGGCCAUGGACGACACCUUCUACCUGACCAACGUUGCCCCUCAGAACCCCCACUUGAACCAGAAGGCGUGGAACAAUCUGGAGAAGUUAUGUCGCUCGCUCACCAAAUGCUACGCCAACGUCUACGUGUGCACAGGUCCGCUCUACCUGCCCAGGCAGGAAGCUGACGGCAAACUUUACGUGCGCUACCAAGUUGUGGGCCGGAACCAUGUGGCCGUGCCGACGCACUUCUUCAAGGUGUUAAUCCUGGAGCGCCGCGGCGGUCAGCAGGGCGUGGAACUGCGCUCGUACGUCCUUCCCAACGAGCCCGUGGACGAGAAAAUUCCUCUGGAACGUUUCCUGGUUCCUAUAGAAACCAUCGAGAGGGCGUCGGGCCUCCUUUUUGUCCCCAAUAUCGUCAGGGCGAGCGGCGGCGCCGUCAGCGCCAUCGCCAACAAAUAGAAGUCAAAGGAGGAAGUGCUUCCGAGCUGGCGAGCGAUUUGAUGAGUGGACGCCGUCGGCGGUCCUUCAGUCAGCGAUUGGUGACGUGGGCAACUAUUGAAGUGCAAAAAUAAAACCAGCAAGCAUUCAUCCAAAGCAAAA